UUGCUACUCAGUGCAUUGAUCCUGAAAGAAUGUCAACUCAGUCAGACAAGCUUAGAAAAUCAAAGGUUGCUAAAAACAUUCCUGAGGAAUCAAGUAAUAAAAAUGUAGAGAACUGUCAGUACCCGGGUUUCAAGGUAAAACAGCUUUCAGAACUGCCGAGACACUUAGAUGCUGCAGAUCUGUGGGACUUGGUUAUAAAAGCUCAAAAUUUCGAAAGAGCUGUCUUUAACGUUUGGAGAAAGUUGUUUCUCUCAGAAGCAUCUAUUGCUGUUUUCCAGGAUUCUUUUUGGUGGUGGUUUCUUCAGCAAUUUAAGACUAACCAGGAAGAUCAAGACCACUUAUUUGACAGAAUUGCAGGCAGUUUUGUGGGACUUUUCCUGUGCGUUCCCAGGAAUACAAAAGAUGCAUUUUUUCAGGUGUACCCUGAUUGUUUGUCACAAGUCAUUUAUGUUGCUUUCUGUGAAGCAUUUCCAGAAUCCACUACGUAUUUUGAUGAUGAGUUCAAGGAUAGACUAGUAGAUCUAAUCUUUCAGUGGGUAUCAGGUCUAAAACCAAAGAAAUUUGUUUGGAAAAAAUGGAAUCUAGAUUGCCUGAAGAAGACCACAGUAAAUGGUAAUGAGAAAGAUACUAUUACCAGGUCAACAGUUAAAGACUCUAUCAAAUCUAAACCAGUCGUUCAAGGUUGUAAGUAUUUUUAAAUAUACGAGAUGUAUUACAGAUGAGUGUCAGAAUGGCACAUGCACUAUUCUUUGCAAAACUGUAUG